AUGAGUCAUGCUUCUGCUGAAUUAAAUAUAUUUAUUGUUAAAACGAAUGAUAAUAAUAAAGAUAAUACAAAGUUAACUAAUAAAAAUAAAGAAGAAAAUUAUGAUAGGAAAAAAAGUGAUAUUUAUAAUACAAUAUAUUAUAACUCUAUAAAAAGUUCGAUCGUUUGUGAUCAACAAUCUGUAACUAGUGAUGAUGUCAAUUUUAGUGAUUUCCAGAUAUAUAAUAAAAAUAAUUCAACAUUAAGACUGACAAAAUUAAAAAAAAAUGUUAAUGAAGCAUCAAGUAAUGAUUUUUUUAAAAAUUGUAGUCCUUUUAGAUCAACAAAUAAUUUAAUUGAAAACAAAAAUUAUGCUACAGCAUCAUUAACAUUAGGAAGAAGACCAACAUUCUCAGGACAUUUGAAACCUUUUGAAAAAACUAAUAUCAAAACAUAUGCCUCAACAGGACAUCUUGCUUUAAAAAUACCAGAUCCAGUAUACGAAUCUAUUAACGAUAUCACAACGACAAAUUCAAAUAAUAUAGUUAAACCAAAUUUAAAUAAUAGUUUUAACUACUUAUCAUCAACUAAUACAUUAAUUCCUCAUACUUCCGUUAUAAAAUCAUCCUCAAACAUUAAUUUAAAAAGUUGUACACUAUCAAUAUUACAAGAAUCAUCAGGAGAAAAAGAUUAUUCUUUUGAUCAAAAAUCACCUAAUAUUAUAACACCAAACCAAUCCUUAAAUAAUAAACUUUUAGAAGAAAAAAAUUUUUAUGAGGAUUGUCCUAAACAAAAUACAAUACAUCGAACAGCUACUUUUAGUCAUUGUAGAACAUUACCAUUAAAUAGAAGAAAUAAGUUUGUCACUGAUAUUUUAGAUAAUACUUAUUCAUUGAAAAGAAAAACAUCGAUGCGUAUUAAAGAUGAAAAUGAAGGGACUAUUAUGUCCAAAUCAAGUAUAGAUGUACAAUCAACAAAAAAUGAAGGAAAAGAUAAUAAAAAUCUUUCUGUCAGUAAAUCAUUUAAAGAUAAAUUAUCAAAAUCAUUUUUUGAUCUAACACAUGGAAGUCAAGAUAGACUUCAGAGGUGGAAGACAAAAUUACAAAGUGGUAGAAAAGGAAGAGAGAAAGAUUCUAGCUGUCCACCACCCAAAGAAAGAGUAGUAUCAUUUUGUGAGAUGCCAUCAACUUCCAAUACCUCAUUAAGUAGUAUACCUAUAACAGGAAAUUUAAAUAUAUCUACAAAUAAUGAUACACCUUUAUUUAUCCCAUUUAUUGAUAAUAAAAAGGUUGAUAAAAAUAUAGAGAAAAAUUAUAUAAAUAUUCGUCCAUUACAUACAUCAAGAUCUUUAAAUAAUGCCAUUUAUACUGUUGGAGAAAACUUUUAUAUACAAAAAAAUGAAUUAAUUAAAUCAUCGUCUUUUCGUGAACCAAGUAAAAUAAAAAGAACAUCUAGUUCUUCUAAUUUUAACAAUUUAUCAAAAACUUUUUUAAAUAUUUCAUUAGAUAAUAAUUCUCACGAAGAUAUCCAAAAUAUAGAAGAAAAAGAGAUGGAACAUAGAACAUUACGUGUUCGUGAUAAUAACGCUACUACAAUGCAAAAAGCACUGAAAAGUAACAAUAAACAAGAGCAAUCACAACAUGAAAAGAAUAUGAAAUCACUUCAUGAAUUGGUUAAAACUAUUGAAAGUUAUCCAGGAAAAAAAAAGAUUAAUGAAAGUGAUUAUCAUUUACCGCCACCAGCUAGAAUAAUGCCAUAUUCUGGUAUAAAACCUCAGGAUAACGCUAUUAUAAGACCAAUAGCUUUUAGACCAAUAGGUACAUCUGAACCUGGAACAGUACAAAAACAUUUUUCUAUAACUAAACCAACAUCAAAAAUUGAGAUACAAGAAAAUUAUAAUAAUAAUAAUAACAAUAAUAUGAAAACAUCACCUAAUUCAAGAGAUUCUUAUGCUUCAGCCAUCCAGGAUAAUCAAAUAACAAAUAUAUCAAAAGGUAAUCCACCACCAUAUCAAUCAUCGUUUGCUCCAUCAAGACCUAAACCAUUAGGUAAUAAUUUAACUGUUUCAAGUUAUUCUAAUAAAAAAUAUCAAUAUAAUCAAAAUAAAGAGGAAAAUGAUUAUGAUACAGUUGCUGAAUACAUAGAUAAAGAUAAAAUUUGUAGUGAUAGUUCAGAGACAUAUUCAUAUCUUCCAUCAAAUAUAAAAAAUUCUUUUCAUGUGAUCGGAAACAUGUCUUCAUCAACACAUUCAAGUUCAAUGAAAAGUAUUGGUAGUAGAAGUCCAGGAUUUAAUAGACAUUUAACAAAUCAACCACAAAUAACACCAUCACCAAGUGAUAGUGGUAUUGUUGAUUAUGAAACAUUAAUAAAAGAUAAGGAAAAUGAAUUAAAUAAUGUAAGACAGACAAUGGAACAAAAUGAAGAGAUAUUAAUUCGUGUAUAUCAAGAGAAAGAGAAAUCAUUUAGGCAAGAAUUAGGGGAAUUGAAACAAAAAUUAAGAGCAAGUCAACAAGGUGAAAAUGCUCUUAGAAAUCAACUACAAAAAUCUGAGGAAGAAAGAGAACGCUUAAACGAAAUUGUAAAUAAUUUACAAAAUGAUAAAAUAAAUAUGAAUAAAAAAUGUUCACAAAUAGAGAAAGAAUUAUAUGCUAUGAGAAGUAGAAUACAAGAAAUGGCUACAGAAAAAUUAAUGGCUAAAAAUAAAAUUAAUCUAUGUGAUAAUUGUGGAAUAAAAUGUAAAGAACAAGUAAAUGGAAAUUAUAGUAAUUUAGAUGGAAAUCAAAAAUAUUAUCAAAAACAACCUCCACCAAUACCAGCACCAAGAUUAAGUAAAGAACUUCCUUGUACUGAUAAAGAAUUAAGAAAUGAAGUUGAUGCUUUAAGAAGUGAAAUAAGUAUGUUACGGGAACAAUUAUUUGAACAAUUUGGUAUGGUUAAUGUUAAAAAAGAUAAUAUUGGAGAAGUUAAUGGUAAUAAAAUUAAAACCAUAACAAAUAAUACAUUUUCUAAUCCAAUUAAUGAUAAUAUAAAGAAACCAAUUAUCAGUAAUGAUAGAUUAAUUUAA